UGAGCUUUAGUUUUACUGUAGUAUUUUGGUUGUGUUUCUAGUUUCGAUGGACUCUAAAGGUCUCUUUUUGAAGGGCUUCCUUUCUAGAGUUGCUGGUUUCUUGAUACACUUUGUCGGUUUCAUUUCCUGGUUUAUUUCAUCAUCUUACAAUGCUGUGAUUGCAGCCAUUCCCGAACCCCCUGUGAAUGGUACUCAUGACCAUUGAUCAGUGGUUGUUGAUCAAUGGUCAUGGGAAUUUGCAUAUUAAUGAUCAAGGAACUGAUCUCCCAGCCCACUGUUCCUUCAGUGGUGCUAGUUUCAAUCAUUAUGCAAAUGUACUGUUUAUAAGAUUGGGGAAACCUCCAGUCAGCUGAGACUGAAGAAGUCACUUGGAUGAGUGACGAAACGUUUAUCCCACUGAAAACUCUACGUCCAGAUGAACAGAAUCAGCUUUGAGGGAUUUACUUACCUGGAAGAUUGAGCAUGCAUCAAGCAUGCAUCCUGGUUUGAUUUUGUUACAGUACUGUACAGGGAACACUGCAAGAACUGUUGAAACCAGAAGUCACGAAAGUAGAAGGUGUCUGAUAAAGAUAGGUAGCCUAAAAUAUCUCAAAAAGCAGGAGAUCGUGCCAUGAAUUAACGAUACUGCAAUACAGGAGAGAAACAAAUUCACUGCCACCUGUCAGUAUGAAAAGGGUUACAAAACCACUUCUAAGGCUUUGGGACUCGGGGAAACCACAGUGAAAAACUACAGCAUUUCAUAAAAAGAACAUCAUACCAGCAGUUAGUGUUAGGAAGGUUACUUUUAAAAUGUAUUCCACUACAGAUUACAGAAUACAUGCCCCAAAAUGUAUUUUGUAAUGUACUCUCAUUGAGUAACGUGUUCUGAAUAUUUUGGAUUACUUAACAUAUUAUCAAGCUUUUUGCAACUACAUGAAUGUGCUAUUGUCUGUGAUUUAUUGCUAUUACUGAAGGUUACUCGCCAUACGAAUACCAACUAGAUGAGUAACAGUAGGGUGGACAUUAGGUAAGGCUGCACUUUUUGCAGCGAUCUCGAAAACUAUUCCGCGCGUAUAUAAAACAGGUCCGCGGCUCCGAACCGUAGUAAAGGGAACUCUGGGUAAUACGUCGGAUUCGUGUCGGACUCGUAAAAUAGCUUUACUUUGUUGUCUGGAUCAACGUUGCUAGCGAGAGACAGAGAGGGGCGUUGAAAGGCUGCUUCAACAGAACUUAUUGUUUCAGAGUAAAACAGGAACACAGUGUACAGUCGAGUCUUAAUAGCUUACUUACAACUGGGCUACAAAAGGCUACAUUCUUUAGGGCUAUGCCCGUAACGCUCUGCCUAUAUAUUAAAUAAUCUUUUGAACAAUAUAUUUUUUAAAAAUAUUUCUUCACGUCAUCAUGUGGGCCGCAAGCAGAGGUGACAUGGGCCGCGAGAUUGAGACAAAGAGCCUCGUAAUGCGUGUUUUGUUUGGGUUUCCAUCGGCGUGGAGUUGCCAAAAAUAGAGAGGGCAUAGCCUAACAUAUGAAACAGGAAAAGACCGCCGUGUAAUCCCUUUAUUUCAACAAAGUAACCGUAUUCUGAAUACCACUUUUUUAAACGGUAACUGUAACGGAAUACAGUUACUCAUAUUUUGUAUUUUAAAUACAUAACAUGUAUUCCGUUACUCCCCAACACUGCCAGCAGUCAAACAUGGUAAUGCUAGUUGUGUGAUGGUCUGGGGUUUCUUUGUUUCUUCUGGAUCUGGAUGACAUGCCUUCACAGAUGGAACCAUGGAUUUUGCUCUCUACCAGAACAUCCUGAAAGUGAAUGUCGAGCCUUCAGUUCAACCCUGAAACUAAAGUUUAACAAGAGUGGACCAAAAUUCCUCCACAGUGAAAGACUCACUGCCAGUUAUUACAAUACAUUACAUAGGGCCAGAUAGGUUUGAAUAGCUUUUGUCCCUUAAUACUUUUGUGCAUUUUGCAUUUAUUCGAGGUAUCUUUGUCCAUCCAUGCAUCCUUUCUCUUCAACUUAUCCUUAUCGGGGUCAAGGAGGACUGGAGGAUAUCCCAGCUGUCAUAGGGUGAGAGGCAGGACACAUCCUGUACAGGUUGGAAUGACAUUAUGUCGUCCUGGUGACAGCAGAGUGUGAUCAUGGGAUUUAGAAGAGGGUCACCAUGUGCCAUAAUCUGUCCAAAUAUACCCCGAUUUUCCUCUUCCUCACACUGUCUGGCAUCAUCUUCCUGCUGCGGAACAUCCACACAGUAGAGAACUGGAACUGCCAAGCGAUUUCAUCUUUCUACCAACUGCAGAGCAGGAUCCAUUCAUCCCUCAGUGUGUCUAAUUUCUAUCACAACCGUACCUACUGUACCCAUGUGGGCCAGAAACCCUCUCCCGAGGAUGAACUUGAGGAGCGGUACCUGUUGGAACUCAUCAGCUGGCCCAGCCCUCCGCCUCACUCUGGACCAACCACCCUGAGGCAGACAAGUGACCCUGUCCACAGCCUGUUCGCAAUACUUCCCACUAAAGAAGGAAGGGAGUGGCACGUGGGUGAUCAGCUAGAGGCCCUCGUCCAGAUGCACGAUUUCCAGGGUCGUCCUAAACGCUACGGCGGGGAUUUCCUUCUGGCCAGGCUGCACUCUCCGGAGCUUGGAGCGGCCGUGGUUGGACAGGUGGUUGACCACAAGAAUGGAUUUUAUUCUGCUCUGUUCCCACUCCUCUGGGUGGGCUCUGCACAGGUUGAAGUCAUGUUGGUGCACUCCAGCGAGGCCGUCGCUGUGCUGCGACGACUCAGGGAGGAACGGCCCGAUCGGGUGUUUUUUAAGAGCAUGUUCCGUUUAGGCCUUUUGUCAGAAACUACUGUGUGCAACCUGUGCUUGCCUACCAACCAUCAGCCUCUUUGCAACUACACAGACCUUCACACAGGCGAGCCCUGGUACUGCUACAAGCCCAAGAUGCUCAGCUGUGACACCAGAAUCAACCAUGCCAAGGGAGGCUACUUGAAAAACCUCAUCACCAACAAGGAAGCGCUGCUAUUCAAAAGUGGCGUAAAUCUCAAAGUUUACAUACACGCUUCAGGACCUGAUAAAAUCAAUGUGCUGCCACAGAAAGAUAAAGGGGAGGAAGAAAACAGCACAACUAAACCAGAACAUAUUCAGCUAGAAACAUCUGGAUAUUACUACAUGGACUCCUGGAGGCCAUUAGAUGGAUUUACAAUGCGUCAGUUCAACGAAUCAUCAGCAGCUGUACAGUGUUUGAAGAACAAGGUGAUCAACAUGUACGGAGACUCUACUGUGAGACAGUGGUUCGAGUAUCUCAUUGGUUUUGUACCAGAAUUAAAGGAGUUCAACCUAUACAAUCCCAAAAAGGUUGGGCCGCUCAUGGCGGUGGACAGCACACAUAAUAUUCUCUUGAAGUACCGCUGCCACGGCCCUCCAAUCCGCUUCUCUACCGUCAUGUCCAGCGAGUUGCGGUACGUUUCGAAUGAGCUUGACGGCCUCUCUGGGGGCCCCAACGUGGUUGUGGUCCUCAGCAUCUGGUCCCACUUCAGCACCUUUCCUGUGGACAUAUACAUACGCCGUCUUCGGCACAUUCGACAGGCGCUGGUGAGACUUAUAGACCGAGCGCCAGGGACGCUCAUAGUGAUCCGCUCAGCCAAUCUUCAAGCCCUGGAUCAAGAGGUGAGCCUUUACAACAGCGACUGGUACUCCCAGCAGCUCGAUCAGGUGCUCAGGACCAUGUUCAAGGGGCUGAACGUUCUGGUGGUGGAUGCCUGGCAAAUGACUUUAGCUCACCAUUUACCUCAUGCCCUCCAUCCUCCUCCACCUAUCGUCAAGCAAAUGAUAGACAUGCUUUUAUCUUAUAUUUGCCCCGAGAGGAAAAAAAGCCAGAAAUAGAAGCGCAGUGAUGAUAGCGGAUAUAUUGUUAAAUGUGAUGUGUGAAUCCAUCCGUCAGUUUCAAACACAUUUUUGUUUGGCUUCUUAAGAACUCAUAUAUUUUUCUAAAACUGCAAACUCUUCAAAUACUGAAGAUUUACUUUCCUGCUAUUUUUUUUUUAAUUCCUACAAAACAUGUUUUACUCUGAUUUCCAAAGACUUUGGCACAAUGAUUGUUACUUCUCAUCUUUUGGUAUUACCAAAGUUUUGUUCAUGUGCAUUAUUUUAAUGUAUAGAGCGGUUCAAAUAAUUGUUGAACACAUCAUCAAUUUUCUAAGUAAAUGUGUUUCUGUGCUCACCAGAUGUUGGUAAACAACCAACCCAGUCCACACAUGCAAAGAAAUCAAACCGUAGAUUUAGAUUUGAAAUUAAGUUAUGUGUAAUAAUGAGAAAUGACAAUUGGGGUCAUUGGCUUGCUGAAACGUGCACCCUCGUUUCAUCUUCAUCAUCCUGGUAGGUGGCAGCAGUUUUUUAUUAGGAGUUCCUCGCCACAUUUUCGCAUUCAUCCUUCCUUCGGUUAUAUGAAGCGUGCCAGUGCCAUAUGCUGAAAUAAACCCCCACACCAUUAUGUUCCCACCUCCAAACUCACUGUUGGAAUGGUGUUUUAGGGGUGAUAUGCAGCGCCUUUUGACCUCCAAACAUGGUGUGUGUAUUCUGGCAUCUAAAGAGUUCAAUUUUGGUCUCACCUGACCAGAGACUAUAUUCUCAUUAUUACACAUAACAAUUAAUGGACAUCUGUUGAGAAUUUCAAAUAGGAUCUUUGGAAAUAUAUUUACUUAGGAAACAUUAGACACACAUACACACAUAACAUGAACAUCUGCCUAAUAUUGUGUUUGCUUUUGCUACUACAGCCCUAAACCUUUAAGAUAUGUAUUCAGUUAGACACCACCGGAAGGUUUGCUGUGGCAUCUUGCACCAGGAAGUUAACAACAAAUCCUUUAAGUCUUCUAAGUUGUGAGGUGGGGCUUCCACGGAUCAGACAUGUUUGUACAGCACAUUUCCUUCCCGCAGAUGUUUGAUUGGGUUGAGAUCUGGCAAACUUUGAAUGUCAAGUCAACACCUCAAACCGUUCCUGAACAGUAUUUGCUCUCUGGCAGGGUACAUUAUCCUGCUGAAAGAGGCCACAGCCAUCAGGGAAUACAGUUUCGAUGAAAGGGUGUACAUUUUCUGCAACAAUGGUUAGGUAGGUGGUAUUUGUCAAAGUAACAUCCACAUGGAUGACAGGAUCCUUGGUUUCCAAGUCGUACAUUGCCCAAAGCAUCACACUGCCUCCACCAGCUUGCCUUCUUCCCAUAAUGCAUCUUGGUGCCAGGUGUUCCCCAGGUAAGCGACGCACAUAAAGAAAACCUGGUCCGUGGUCCAGUUCUGAUGCUCACAUGCUCAUUGUUGUUGCUUUCAGUGGUGAUCAGGGGUCAGCAUGGACCACCUGGCUGUUCUGUGGCUGUGCAGCCUCAUACGCAACAAACUGUGAUGCAUUGUGUAUUCUGACUUUUUAAUUAGAAGCAGUAUUAACCGUUUCAGUAACCUGAGCUACAGCAGUUUGUCUAUUGGAUUGGACCAAACAGGCCUGCCUUUGCUUCCCACAUCCAUCGGUGGGCCUUUGCAGCCUAUGACCCUGUCACUGGUUCACCACCGUUUCUUCCGUGGACCACUUUUAAGAGGUACUGGCUACUGCCGACCAGGAAGAUCCCACAAGAGCUGCAGUUUUGGAGAUGCUCUGACCCAGUCAGCUAGCCAUCGCAAUUUGGCGCUCCUCAAACUGAUCAGUCCUUACGAAUGCCCCUUUUCCCUCCUUCUAACACGUCAACUUUGAGGACAAAAUGUUCACCUGCUUCCUAACAUAUAUUCCACCCACUAACAGACGAUGAUGAGAUAAUUAGUGCUGUUUACUUCACCUGUCAUCGUUUGUAAUCUUAUGCAAGAUCUUAUGUGUGUAUGUAUAAGAUCAUGUACGCUCAUCAUGUGUACUUGUCAAAAUCCAAAACACAGUGCAGUAACUUAAAGGCUCCAAAACAAGAGAACAGAAAACCAUAUUCAGGUGUCUGAAUACAAAGAAACUGAUUAGCCCUCUAUAUGCAAACUCUGGUUUCCUUUUCUUCCUUUUCUGGGUGUCUGUUAACCUACGCUCCUGCUUUUCUGCCAUUGUGUUGUGCUUCUGUUUUGGAUUUUGCCAUUUCACCAAAUACAAAACUGGUUUUUAGUUUAUUCUUGUAUCUGUGAGUCCUGUGUUUGGGUCUUCUUCCUGCUACCAGCAACAGUACAAGUACAAAAAUGAUUCAAUAAGAUCUUAAUGCCUUGACGCAUUCAUGGAUACUUAAUUAAAAUAAAUAACACAAAACAGGAAGCAGGAAGGUGUAAUACUGAAUAUGUUUGAGAUGUUAUGCCUGACAGGUUUGUUCACCUAUCACAUGGAUAUGAUAAUUCUGGGCUUUUAAUGAUUUGUUUUACAAGUUUAAUUUCAAUAUCUUUAUUCCACACAGGCUCAAAACCCUUAGCAGGGGUUGAGGUUGUAGCUUGAGAAUCCAGAGUUUAUUGUUAGUAUGCUUUUCUUUUCUAAAGUUGGUUUUAAUGCAUGUUUUGAGAUCAUUCUCCUGCUGAAACACCCAGUUUUAUCAGAUUUUUAAGUCUAGGCAAUAGUUGAAGAAUUUGGAGGCGGCGCUCCUUCAUUCAUAUAUUUUUUUUUAAUGUGUGUUUUACAAACCACCACAUCUACUCCAUGAACAAGUGUGGUUUUAGUCCUUCUGAGCACAGGAAAUUAUGCAUUUAGUUUGAAAGGCCUUCAGAGAGCCCAGAGAACUAGUGCUCACAACCACUUUAAAAAUGACAAUGAAGUCUGGCUGCUCAAGAUUUUUGCACAGUGCUGUAUAUGGUUGUAAGCUAUGUAAUCUGUUU